CAUUCAGUUCUGCGUCCGACACACUUUUGUUUGAGCGCUUUUAUUUUGUUUGGACGUCGUGACGUUAUAAGGUCGCGCCGCGCCUCCUCAGUCGUCUGUGAGUCCUCUGAUGAAAGUGUCAAGACCAAGAAAGAGCUUCUGGAGAUUCGACGUGAGAUACUGUAAUCAUAGAGAUGGCGUUUAUCAAAGAAGAAAGUGAAGACAUGAAGAUUAUAGCAGUCACAGUCAAAGAUGAAGAUGCAGAGGAAGAAACAGACGCAAUGGAGAUGAAAGAGGAAAAUGAAGCACUAAAUCAAGCGGAAGAGAAAUACGAAUAUGGGAAACGCAGGGGUUUUGUAACUGGAGAAAACUCUUUUAGCUGCCCGCAACUGACUGACAGCGCAAACCGAGAACCAACGACGACAAGAGUCGAGAAGCCUUUCACCUGCGAACAGUGUGGAAGAGGUUUCCUGAAGAACGCCACCCUUAAAGGACACAUGCGAACUCAUACCGGAGAGAAGCCGUUUUCCUGCCAACAGUGCGGAAGCAGUUUCUCUCAGAAAGGGACGCUAACCAGACACCAGAGAGUUCACACCGGAGAGAAGCCUUACACGUGCACACUGUGCGGAAAGGGCUUCACAGCCGUAGCAAACCUUACCUACCACAUGAACAUUCACGCCGGACUGAAACCCUUCACGUGCGAACAAUGUGGAAAGAGCUUCAGGCGCAAGAAAACCCUUAGCUGCCACAUGAAGGUCCACUCAAGAGAGGAUUGUUUCAUAUGUCAUCAGUGCGGCAGGAGUUUCCCAAACAUAAAAUGCCUCGACACCCAUGUGAAAAUCCACUCCGGAGAGAAGCUCUUCGACUGCCAGCUGUGCGAGAAGAGUUUCCGAUUCAAAGUAGGUCUGAAGUCCCACAUGAGAAUCCACACCGGAGAGAAACCUUACACCUGCUGUCACUGCGGGAAGGACUUCAGAUUCAGUGUGAGCCUUAAAACCCACAUGAGACUUCACUCCGGAGAGAAGCCCUACGCGUGCAGCCAGUGCGGAAAGAGCUUCAAAUAUAAAGCAACGUUGAACGCACAUAUGAGAGGUCACACCGGGGAAGAAAGCCCCCACGUCUGCAAACUGUGCGGGAAUAGCUUCUCGCAAAAGGGAAAUCUUAAGAUUCACAUGAGAGUUCACACUGGAGAGAAACCCUUCACCUGUGAUCAGUGUGGGAAAUCUUUCACGCGGAAAGAGUCUCUUAACUACCACACACGGACUCACUCGAGAGAGCGCGGUUUCAAGUGUCGUCAGUGUGGAAAGUGUUUCCUGUACAGGAAGAAUCUCGCCAGGCACUCAAUCACCCACUCCAGAGAGAAGCCGUUCAUCUGCCCUCAGUGCGGCAAAGGUUUCAGGUUUAAAGGAAACCUCGAGGUUCACAUGAGCGUUCACGCUGGUAAAAAAACAUUUCAGUGUCGUAAGUGCAAGAAGAGGUUCACACAUCGGAAAGAUCUGAAGUGUCAUCUGAAAAGGCAUUCUGCAAAGAAACUGCAGUCUUCUGAGUCUGGGAAGAGGCUCGGAAAACAGCGCGGGUUCAACAAUAACCUGCUCGAUCACUCGGAGGGAAGCUCGUUUGAUUGUGGCAAGUGUAAUGAAACGUUUAGUUUGGCUUCACACUUACAGACGCACAUGAAAAGUCACGCAGGUGUCCGACCUCAUUUGUGCUCCUUAUGUGGGAAGAGAUUUCAAUGGCUUAGACAUUUCAAAUGUCACCAGAUAAUGCGCGUUUGUCGGAAAUCAAGGCUACGUUCUCGCUGUAGAUGAAUGGAACCAAUAGGAUUUUCUAUUUAAAAACUGCGUGUGUUUUUUUUUUGGUUAAGUUUACAUGACUAUAAAUGUGGGAACUGUUAGAUGCUCAUCCCUUAAAGGUCUCGAACUCAGUUCCUGGAGGGCCGCAGCUCUGCAGUUUUUCUCCAACCCUAAUCCAACUAAUCAUGGUGUUCAAGACUACUAGACACUGCUAGAUCAGCUGUGCUUGAUUAAGGUUGGAGCUGUGCAAAGCUGCGGUCCUCCAGGAGUUGAGUUUGAGAUCUAUACCUUAAAGGAAUAGCUCCCUCAUCCUCCACAUACAGCAGCGGUCCGAAGUCAUUCAGAUUUCAGAAAAGGAACCAAAAACAUUGCCAAAACAGUCCAUGUGGCUUCAGUGGUUCAACUGUCCUCACACAAAGCUCCAAGAACACAUUUACCAAACGACUUUGUUUGCCUAUAUCGUCUCUUCCACAUCUUCUCGUACAGAUGAUAUAAAUGAGCAAAGUUGCAUUGACAGUUUUUAUGUGUUUAAUGUUGAAUCUCUGAAGCCACAUGGAUUGUUUUGGCAAUGUUUGUGGUUCCUUUUCUGUAUGUCAAACCUCUCAGGGCCAGUGGAGGAUGAGGGAGCUCUCGGAGUUCAUCGGAAAUAUCUUUAUUUGUGUUCAGAAGAUGUACGAAGAUCUCAUUGAGGGCAAGUAAUAAACAAGACUUUUCGAUUUUUGGGUGAACUAACCCUUUAAUGCAAACAUAUCAAUACUAUGUUGAUGUACAAUUUCUAAGUGUAAAUAAGCAUAAUCGGAGAGUGUAAAACGUUUGUGCUCUGAAUUUCUGUUCUUUAAUGUGAAAUAGCCAAUAAAACACGCUUACUGAGAA